GGAAAUUCUUCGCAAAUAUAGGUGCAUCCAAAGCCGUUGUCCUUGCUUAGGCUUGACCAGACUUGCGCAUUUGCUGAGAAAUUGCUUUGUCGAAAUAGUAUCCAAGCCUAACCAAUCCGGAAUUGCACCUGUAGUAUAUCACUUAAGAUAUUGUUACAUUUGCUAAGCCUAGCUUGUGCAACGUCGGCUAUUGCCACCCGGCUGGCCUCCGGGUCGCCAAGCCUAAGUCAGCAUGGCUUUAGAGGAGGCGGACGGAGGCAACCAGCAGCAGGACCAGGAUCGCCAUCUGAACCAGCAGCAGUCGACGGUACAGGAUGGAGAUGCGCGAGGAGAUUUGCAAGCAGCAACGGCAGCAGAGCGGCCAGUAAAACGUUACCGUCGCGAGGAGUUAGAUAAGGAGGAAAACAACCUUCUUUUAUCUGAAGACGGCGACGAUGACGGCGCUGAGGAGUAUGUGCCGCUGCGCAAGCGGAGGGAGAUGGAGGAGUCCCGGCUGGUGCACCUGCUGCGGGGCGGUCGCGAGGGCAGCGCCGAGGCGGGGUGCGGGGGCGGCGACAGGUCGGGCAGCGAGCCGCCGCCGGGGGAGCGACCCAAGGAGAGCCUGCUGGUGGUGACGGCGAGGACCCGCAAGGACGCCCCCCCCGGCGGCCCCUCCUCCGAGGCCGCUGCGCUGCUGGAGGAGGAGGCGGACAUCAUGCGACACGCGCUGCAGAAGCAGGCGCUCAAGGCGGUCAAGGAGCUGGCGGCGGGAGUGACCUACACUCACUCCGUGGAGACGGGCUGGAAGCCCCCGCUGCGCUACCGCCGCCUGCCGCCCGAGCUGGCUCAGCAGCUGCGGGACGCGCUGCGCAUCGUGUGUGAUGGACAGAACAUCCCGCCACCCAUACCCAGCUUUGCAGACAUGAAGCUGCCGCCUGCCGUGCUGCGCGUGCUGGCGGCUCGCGGCAUCAAGAAGCCCACUCAGAUCCAGAUGCAGGGGCUGCCGGUGGCGCUGAGCGGACGGGACAUGAUCGGAAUCGCGAACACGGGGUCAGGCAAGACACUGGUGUUCACACUACCCAUGGUGCUCAUAGCGCUGCAGGAGGAGAUGCGCAUGCCGCUGGCCCAGAACGAGGGGCCGGUGGGGAUGGUGAUCUGCCCCUCCCGCGAGCUGGCCACCCAGACGUUCGAGAUCGCGGACACCUACUGCAAGGCCCUCACCGCGGACCGCUAUCCCGAGGUUCGUGCCAUGCUGUGUAUCGGCGGCAUCGACGCCAAGCCCAUGUACGAGACCAUCCGGCGGGGGGUGCACUGCGUGGUGGCCACUCCAGGGCGGCUCAAGGACCUGCUCCACAAGCGGCGCAUGCUGCUGGACGUGUGCCGCUUCCUGUGCCUGGACGAGGCGGACCGCAUGGUGGACCAGGUUGGCUUCGAGGACGACGUGCGCGACAUCCUCUCCUUCUUCCGCGGCCAGCGCCAGACGCUCAUGUUCAGCGCCACCAUGCCCGCCAAGAUCAAGGCCUUCGCGGAGAGCGCGCUGGUGGACCCGGUGGAGGUCAACGUGGGCAGGGCGGGUGCCGCCAACAUGGAUGUGAUCCAGGAGGUGGAGUACGUCAAGGAGGAAGCCAAGCUGCCGUACCUGCUAGAGUGCCUGCAGAAGACCGCCCCCCCGGUGCUCAUCUUCGCGGAGAACAAGCGCGAUGUGGACGCCAUCCACGAGUACCUGCUGGUGCAGGGUGUUGAGGCGGUUGCGGUGCACGGCGACAAGGCGCAGGAGGACCGGCACGCGGGCAUCGCGCAGUUCAAGGCGGGCGAGAAGGACGUGCUGGUGGCCACGGAUGUGGCGUCAAAGGGUCUGGACUUCCCGGACAUCCAGCACGUGGUCAACUACGACAUGCCCGAGGAGAUCGAGAACUACGUGCACAGAAUUGGCCGCACGGGCCGCUGCGGCAAGACGGGAGUGGCCACCACCUUCAUCAACACCAAGCAGUGCUCCGAAACCAUCCUGCUGGACCUCAAACACCUGCUCAAGGAGGCCAAGCAGCGGGUACCGCACUUCCUGCUGGCACUGGAUGACCCGCUGGAGGCGCAGGCCGAGCUGGAGGCCAAGAGCGGCGUCAAGGGCUGCAGCUACUGCGGCGGACUGGGCCACCGAGUCACCAACUGCCCCAAGCUGCGGUCGGAGGACAAGGCCAAGGUUCGUGCCAACAAGGACUAUUUCGGCAGCGGCGGCUUCGGAGGCGAAAUGUAGAGGAGCGGGGUAUAGAGGAGGAGGGCAGACGGAGGAGGAGGAUAACAGGGUUGGGACGGAAAGGUUGUAGGAGGGGUGCAUUGGGCUGUGGACGGAGGUGGGGGUGGAGUUGGAAUACCGGUGUAGCAGGGGUGCACACGCCUUUCAAGGUGUCGGCGGGGAGAGCAGGGCCCCGCCCGGGCGCGUGUGUGCACAGUGCAGUGCUGCUGGAGUUGGCUGGGCAAACGCCACGGACCGCACCCCUGAGGGGCUAGGUUGUUGUCGAGACCACCAUUCUGAUCCUCUUGAGCGAUUCUUCCCAAUCAAAA